AUGGGAGGGAAGGACCAUGGCGCCCUGCCAUUCCCAACGGCUGCUGGAUAUGGGAUGCUAGCACUGAAUGGUGCAAAAGGAGGUGCUACGAAGUAUCUCACCCUGCAGUACCUAAACUAUGCUCGCUGGACCGCGCAGCAGCAUAGCUGCAGCAUGAUAGAAGCGCUUCGGAUCAUGGGCCGAACGCAUCUGAUCUCCGUCGAUGGCACAUGGACACCUCUCGGCUUUGCUAAAUACUGGCGCCCAGCGGUGACGCUGCUCAACGAGACGGUUCAUUGGGGCAUGAAGGUUCCAGCUGCCAUGCUGCUCUUCCAGCAGUUCCGGGAUCUUGGCUUCGGCCCUCACGGUGGUCUCUUCACCGCCGUUGCCCUGAGCACUGCCGGAGAGGUAGCCGCCACCGGAUGGAGCGAACGCUUUGGUGUGCAUAUGGGCCUGCAGCAGCAGAUCUCGUCGUACCGAGAGUCUUUCUCGAUCUCGCGCCAGGCUCGCCAAGGAAUUCUCGCAGGUGCUUGGGCAGGUGCGGCAGGACUUUGGGUCAGGAACUUUUCCUGGAACUUUGCUUUCUUCGAAUGGAAGCGCUUCCUGCACAACGCCGUAGACAACAGUCCGGCCAAUGCACCUGCGUGGUUCGAAGCUCACCUAGACUGGCUCCGCAGCCUGGAGAAGAAAAACCAGGCGAAUGUCCUCACGUUUGAGGCUGCGACACUUGGCACGUACCUCACGUUCUUCAACAUGGCCGGAGACAACGUCAAGACCAAGAUGCAGGUGGAUCCUGCGCGGUAUCCCAGCUUUAGCCUGACCGUCCGCGACAUCUAUCACAAGCACGGGUACAGCUGCAAUGACCGCAAAAACUGGUACCAACAUGAGAACACGGUUGCAGCGAAUGGCUCCUUAUUGAGUACUAUGUCGUAUGCGGGUGGAGCGUCAAGCCCUUCUGCGAAGCGUCCUGGGUCUAUCAGGACUCCGCGGGACGGUGACUCUGCCUACGUGCAGGACUCAAAUGCUGUAUCUGAGGCCGUCAAGAAGAUCCAAAGUUGUGCGGCAGACAUCCGCAAAGAGACCCACUUGCUCGGGUCCGUCCAGCUUCAGUCGUCACGCAAGAAGGUGGAAGAAGCCGUUCAUUUGGGGAAGCAAGCGGUGGAUGAAGGGAAGAGGCAUUUGCAGAAGCUUAGCUGCCUGAGCGGCGGCAGCAUCAGCGAGCAGCGAUCUCGGGUAUUUACCCAGCAGAUGCUGCGUGAGAAGCUGGAAAUUGCCACCACAGACCUUGAGGCCACAUUCCAGGCUUUCGAAAAGACCGCGAAGAGCAGGGAGUCUGCUCAAAGCAGAUCUUCCGGCGGAAGGCUCAAUGAGCACGUCGAAAUGGGUGCCAUGCCCGGUGGUGCCGAGUUUGGAGUUGCACGACAGCAAGUUCAAGAAGCAAACCUGAUUUCCGAGGGUGAAGCUGAAAUUCAUGCUGCCAUGGUGGACGAGUACGUCGAGCAGAUAUCAACAAUCGAGCAAGAUGUUCGAGGUCUGCAGCAGGCCAUGGUAGAUCUGGCCACCCAUGCGAAGGCUCAAAGCGACAUGCUUGACCACAUCGAAGCCCACUCCGAAUCCUCGUCUGUCGCUACUGCAGAUGCUACUACGCAGCUGACACAAGCCAGCCGCUCGCAAAGGCGUGGCUCGAAGUUCGUUUAUUGGCUGCUGCUGCUAGCAGCAGUCCUCGCCGUCAUCCUAAUCUUCGUGGUGGUGAACAAGAGCUCCUCGGGCUCGUGA